GUGCGGUGUGCCUCAUCAGUUCAUCCCGAUAAGAGUGAUAGUUGAGACUUGAGAUACUAUAGAUUCUAGACUCUUGCCAAAUAAAAAUCCUCAGAGAGUCAGAGAGCUUGGCGUUUGGGUUUGGUCACAGCUUCUACAAAACUACAGCAACCGAUGCCGCCAUCUCUAGGCCAAUGAAUCAAACAUUCCACCGUCACAUUUCAAAACGUAUUCAGACCGGCGUACUGAAUAGGGUUUAUGUCACUUCCACUUUUUUUCUCGUGACAUGGUGAAGCUCCCCACUGUAAAUGGCAAUCGCAGGCCUUGGAUUUGCAUGCAGAAGUUAUUUGCCUUUUCGUCCUUUGAUUUGCUGCUUUCGCAAGGUUCGACGCAGCUCUGUUGCAGCGGUUGAGACUCUCUCCCAACCCAAGGAACUCGUCAAGGGCGAAAAUCAUGAGCUUAUCAGUUUUCAUGAAAUAGGUUGGAAGACGUUGAAUUCUAAAGAUCUCGGAAUCACCACGUCAAUGAUUGCAAAGCCGACGAGAGUGGUUCUAAAUGGCCUAAGAAGAAAAGGAUAUGAAGUCUACCUUGUUGGUGGCUGUGUGAGGGAUCUCAUUCUGCAGCGGACUCCUAAGGACUUUGACAUUAUAACUUCAGCUGAACUUAGAGAGGUAAUGAGAACAUUUUCACGAUGUGAAAUAGUUGGGAGACGGUUUCCCAUUUGUCAUGUUCACAUUGAUGAUACCAUUGUGGAGGUAUCAAGUUUUAGCACAUCUGGAAGAAAGUGUAAUAGGGACUUCAGUUAUUUCUUCAAAAGACCUCCUGGCUGUGAUGAGCAUGACUUUGUUCGUUGGAGAAAUUGUUUGCAGCGGGACUUCACAAUUAACGGGUUGAUGUUUGAUCCUUACGCAAAUAUAGUGUAUGAUUACAUGGGAGGCAUGGAAGACUUAAAAAAAGCUAAAGUUCGGACCAUAAUUCCUGCUACUAACUCUUUCCAGGAGGAUUGUGCUCGCAUCCUACGUGCUGUCAGAAUUGCAGCUCGUCUAGGAUUCCGUUUUACAAGGGAGACAGCACAUUCUGUGAAAGAUUUGUCUUCUUCGGUGCUGAAACUGGACAAGGGAAGGAUCCUCAUGGAAAUGAAUUAUAUGCUGGCAUUUGGGUCCGCAGAAGCAUCUUUUAGGUUACUGUGGAAAUUUGGUCUCCUAGAGAUACUGCUACCUAUUCAAGCAGCAUAUUUUGUUUCCCAAGGUUUUCGGAGACGUGAUAAACGAACUAACAUGCUUCUUUCUUUGUUUUCCAACUUGGAUAGACUUCUGGCACCUGACAGGCCAUGCCACAGUAGUUUAUGGGUUGUGAUCUUGGCAUUCCAUAAGGCACUGGUGGAUCAACCCAGGGAUCCUUUGGUUGUUGCUACCUUUGCCCUUGCUGUUCACAGUGGUGGAGAUCUUUUAGAAGCAGUAAACAUUGCAAGAAGGAUCUCGCAACCACACGAUCUAAGCUUCUUUGAAUUAUCAGAACCUCAGACAUCGAUUUCAGAUGAGGCAUUGAUGGAUGCUGUUGUUGACCUGGCAGCAUCAGUGAAAGCUGCAUUGAGUAUGAUGACAGAUGAGUCAUUUGUCUCCCAAGCAAUGGCAGAGUACCCUCAGGCACCAUACUCAGAUCUGGUCUUUAUCCCAUUGGCGUUGUAUCUGAAGGCGUGCAGGAUUUUUGAGUGCAUUAGAGUGGGAAAGGAGAAGGGUUUUGCACCAAAGCGAGGGAGAAAGAUCAAUUAUGAAGAUCUAGCAUUGGGAAGCCUGCAGGAAGUUCGGCAUUUGCUUGCAAGGGUUGUUUUUGAUACUGUUUACCCACCAAACCUUAACAGAGACCAAAAUAACACAUAAAUAUUUAUAAUCUUUUAUAAUUGAGAGAAAGCAAGGAAAGAAAAAAAAGGUUUGUUGUUGUACAAGAGAAAGCAAAAGAAAUAAGGUCAUAUUGAGGAAGUAAUAGAAUCAUUGAGCAGCCGGAAGUGUUUUUAUUUUUUCC